AUGUGGAAUCAAACACUCCAGUUCGAAUUUAUAAUUUUGGGAUUUCCUGAACUUGCACAAGAUCAGUUCUCAUUGUUUGCAUUAUUCUGCACCAUCUACCUUCUAACUCUGCUGGAAAAUAUCCUUCUUAUUUUGACAAUUUCAUUGAACAGACACCUUCACAAACCAAUGUACUUCUUCCUGGGAAAUCUUUCCAUUUUAGAAAUUAUCUAUGUGUCCAUGAUAAUGCCUCAGUUGUUCUCCAAUCUGUUGUUCAGCAAAAGGACAAUAACUUUGGGUGGUUGCGUCACUCAGCUGUGUUUUAUCAUAUCCCUCGCUUCCUCUGAAUUUUUCCUCUUAACAGCAAUGGCCUAUGAUAGGUAUUUAGCCAUUUGUCAUCCUCUACAUUAUACAUUACGUAUGAAUCACAGAGUCUGCAUGGUUUUAAGCAUUGGUUCUUGGCUAGGCGGCUUCCUAUUUACAUUUCCAUCUGUGAUUAUGAUCUCCAACUUGCAGUUUUGCAGCAAAAAUACCAUUAGGCACUUCUUCUGUGACAUCUCACCCUUGCUGACGUUGUCAUGCACUGAUACCUCAUCCAUUGAGUUGCUAGAUUUUGUGGCAGCAUUAGUGGUUCUCAUGCCUUCACUGCUGGUGACUGUAAUAUCUUAUGUAUGCAUCUUUCGUACAGUUGCAAGGAUCCCCUCUAGAAAAGGUAAACACAAAGCUUUCUCCACCUGUGUCUCUCAUCUGGUAGUCGUCUGUAUGUUCUAUGCCUCCACUAUAUUCAUGUAUGCCCGGCCCAAAGCCAUUCAAAGUUUUGAGUUCAACAAACUGGUGUCCAUCCUCUACACAGUGGUAACUCCGUUUCUGAACCCAAUUAUUUACAGCCUUAGGAACAGAGAGGUAAGAGAGACCUGGAGCAAGGCAUUGUAUAGGUCCACCAUUUUCUUAGCACGUUCUCAAGGAGAAAGAUUAAAGCUAUGGCAACACUGA